GCAGGAGCGGCCGCAGGUGAGUCCCAGCGGGCGGAGCCGUGCGGUGCCGGGCCGCCCCCGGCCUUGUUCCCUCCCCUCUGCUCCGCUCCUUGCCGCUCGGCGGCGGCCGGCACUCGGGCGGCUGCGGGCAGUUGUCCCGCAUGGCGGAGCGGCCCGGGCCGGGAGGCGGUGGCACAGGGACCGUGCUGGGGGAAGCGCCGCCGGGAUGGCCCGCUGGAUCCCCACCAAGCGGGAGAAGUACGGCGUCGCAAUCUACAAUUACGAUGCUGUCCAAGAUGUGGAGCUCUCCUUGCAAGUUGGUGAUACGGUUCACAUUUUGGAGAUGUAUGAAGGCUGGUACCGAGGAUACACACUCCGAAAUAAAUCUAAGAAGGGCAUUUUCCCAGAAACAUAUAUCCAUUUAAAAGAGGCAACUGUGAAGGACCGAGGACAACAUGAAACAGUGAUUCCAGGUGAACUGCCCCUUGGGCAAGAGCUGACUUCCACCCUGAGGGAAUGGGCAGUUAUCUGGCACAAGCUCUAUGUGGAUAACAAGACAACACAGUUCCGUCAUGUCCAGCAAAUGACUUACAGUCUGAUAGAAUGGAGGUCGCAGAUCCUGUCUGGGACUCUUCCCAAAGAUGAACUGGCUGAACUCAAGAAGAAAGUCACUGCUAAAAUUGACUACGGGAACAGAAUCCUAGGUUUGGAUCUGGUUGUACGAGAUGACAAUGGGAACAUCUUGGACCCAGAUGAAACCAGCACGAUCUCUCUCUUCAAGGCCCAUGAAACCGCAUCCAAAAGGAUUGAUGAAAGAAUCCAGGAAGAGAAGUCCCUGCAACAGAAUUUGGACCUCCGAGGGCAGCCGAUAUUCAACACAACCCACACGUAUAGCUUGUACGUAAACUUCAAGAAUUUUGUCUGCAAUAUUGGAGAAGAUGCAGAGCUGUUAAUGAGCCUCUAUGAUCCUGACCUCUCCAAAUUCAUCAGUGAAAAUUACCUGGUUCGUUGGGGCAGUAAUGGGAUGCCUAAAGAAAUUGAGAAGCUAAAUAACCUUCAAGCAGUUUUCACUGAUUUAAGCAGUUCUGACCUGAUCAGACCAAAAAUCAGCUUGGUGUGUCAGAUUGUGAGGGUGGGACAUAUGGAGCUAAAAGAUGGGAAGAAACAUACGUGUGGACUUCGGAGACCAUUUGGUGUGGCAGUGAUGGACAUAACUGAUAUCAUACAUGGAAAGGUGGAUGAUGAGGAAAAGCAACAUUUUAUUCCGUUUCAGCAGAUUGCCAUGGAAACAUAUAUCAGACAGCGACAGCUAAUUAUGUCCCCACUGAUAACUUCCCAUGUGAUCGGAGAAAAUGAGCCCCUCACUUCUGUCUUCAACAAAGUCAUCGCUGCAAAGGAAGUGAAUCAUAAAGGGCAAGGUCUUUGGGUCUCCCUGAAACUGCUUCCUGGCGAUCUAGCACAGGUUCAGAAGGAUUUUUCCCACCUUGUAGACAGAUCAACUGCUGUGGCUCGCAAAAUGGGAUUCCCUGAGAUAAUUCUGCCUGGUGAUGUUCGAAAUGAUAUCUACGUCACCCUGGUACAAGGAGAGUUUGACAAAGGCAAGAAGAAGACUCCCAAGAAUGUAGAAGUCACCAUGUCAGUACAUGAUGAAGAUGGCAAUCUCCAAGAGAAAGCUAUCCAUCCUGGUGCUGGUUAUGAAGGUGUCUCUGAAUAUAAGUCUGUUGUUUAUUAUCAAGUCAAACAACCUUGCUGGUAUGAAACUGUAAAGGUGUCCAUUGCAAUAGAGGAAGUCAGUCGUUGCCAUUUAAGAUUCACUUUUCGUCAUCGGUCGUCACAGGAAUCUAGGGAUAAGUCUGAGAGAGCAUUUGGCAUGGGCUUUGUGAAGUUGAUGAAUGCAGAUGGAACAACACUCCAGGAUGGCAAACACAACUUGAUUGUUUAUAAGGGUGAUAACAAGAAAAUGGAAGAUGCUAAAUGCUAUUUAACCCUUCCUUGUACAAAAAUGGAGAUGGAGGAGAAGGAGGCCCCUUCAGGGAAAAAUCUGCACCAUCUAGCCAACUUCACACCCACUAAAGAUAGCACGAAAGACAGCUUCCAGAUUGCCACUUUGAUCUGCUCCACCAAACUCACCCAGAAUGUUGACCUCCUGGGUUUGUUGAACUGGCGUUCCAAUUCUCAGAACAUAGCCCACAACCUAAGGAAGCUCAUGGAAGUGGAAGGAGGAGAAAUUGUAAAGUUUUUGCAAGACACCCUUGAUGCACUUUUCAACAUAAUGAUGGAAAUGUCAGAAAAUGAAACCUAUGACUUCCUUGUGUUUGAUGCACUGGUAUUUAUUAUUUCUUUAAUCGGAGACAUCAAGUUCCAGCAUUUCAACCCUGUACUUGAAACUUACAUUUACAAGCACUUCAGUGCAACUCUGGCAUACGUGAAACUCACUAAAGUACUGAACUGCUACGUGGGAAAUGCUGAUGACUCCAGCAAAACAGAAUUGCUGUUUGCUGCUCUGAAAGCCUUGAAGUACCUAUUCCGGUUCAUCGUUCAGUCGCGAAUAUUGUACCUGAGAUUUUAUGGGAAAAGUGAAGAAGGGGAUGAAUUUAAUGAUGCGAUACGCAAGCUGUUCCUCUCCUUCAACGUCCUCAUGGAUCGUCCUUUAGAGGAGGCUGUCAAGAUUAAGGGUGCAGCUUUAAAGUAUUUGCCAAGCAUCAUAAAUGAUGUCAAACUAGUAUUUGACCCUGUUGAGCUCAGUGUCCUCUUCAGCAAGUUUAUCCAAAGUAUUCCUGACAACCAGUUAGUUCGACAGAAGCUAAACUGCAUGACCAAGAUAGUCGAGAGUGAUCUGUUUAAACAGCUUGAAUGCAGAGAUGCUCUCCUGCCUCUACUGAUAGACCAGCUAAGUGGCCAGCUGGAUGACAAUUCAAACAAGCCUGACCAUGAGGCCUCCUCACAGCUCCUCAGCAGCGUUCUGGAAGUUCUGGAUCGGAAAGAUGUGGGACCUACUGCUGUCCACAUCCAGCUGAUCAUGGAACGCCUGCUACGGAGAAUAAACCGCACAGUGAUUGGAAUGAGCAGGCAGUCUCCACACAUUGGUAUUUUUGUGGCCUGCAUGACAGCCAUCCUGAGGCAGAUGGAUGAUUUCCAUUACAACCAUUACAUCAAUACUUUCAAAACCAGGCAGGACAUUAUUGAUUUCCUGAUGGAAACAUUCAUAAUGUUUAAAGAUCUGAUUGGAAAAAAUGUCUAUGCAGCUGACUGGAUGGUUAUGAAUAUGAUGCAGAGCAGGGUUUUCCUCCGGGCAGUGAACCAAUUUACUUCUGUACUCAACCGUUUCUUUCUGGAUCAAGCAAAUUUUGAACUCCAGCUCUGGAAUAACUAUUUCCAUUUGGCAGUGGCCUUUCUCACUCAUGAAUCCCUCCAGCUGGAGACCUUCUCGCAAGCCAAACGCAACAAAAUUAUCAAGAAGUAUGGGGACAUGAGGAAAGAAAUUGGCUUCAAAAUAAGGGAUAUGUGGUAUAAUUUGGGUCCCCACAAAAUAAAAUUUAUUCCAGCAAUGGUAGGCCCAAUCCUGGAGGUAACCCUGGUCCCAGAGCCUGAGCUACGGAAAGCCACCAUUCCCAUCUUCUUUGAUAUGAUGCAGUGCGAGUUUAACUUCAGUGGGAACAGAAACUUCCACAUGUUUGAAAAUGAGUUGAUAACCAAGCUGGACCAGGAAGUCGAGGGUGGCCGAGGGGACGAACAGUACAAGAUUUUGCUGGAGAAACUCCUCCUGGAGCACUGUCGGAAGCAUAAAUAUCUGUCUGCUUCUGGAGAAGUGUUUGCUUUGCUGGUCAGCAGCUUGCUAGAGAACCUGCUGGACUACAGAACAAUCAUGCAUGAUGAAAGCAAGGAGAACCGCAUGAGCUGCACUGUCAACGUGCUGAAUUUUUAUAAGGAGAAGAAACGAGAGGACAUUUAUAUCAGAUACCUCUAUAAACUCCGGGACCUGCACACAGACUGUGAGAACUUCACAGAGGCAGCAUACACUCUCCUCCUCCAUGCAGAGCUGCUCCAGUGGUCUGAGAAGCCAUGUGUCCCUCAUCUGCUUCAGAGGGACAGCUACUACGUCUACUCGCAACAGGAACUCAAGGAAAAGCUCUACCAAGAAAUUAUCUCCUUCUUCGACAGGGGCAAAAUGUGGGAAAAAGCCAUUCAGCUAAGCAAAGAGUUGGCUGACAUGUAUGAAAACAAGGUCUUUGAUUAUGAGGGACUUGGUAAUCUCCUGAAAAAACGAGCUACUUUUUAUGAAAAUAUUAUGAAGGCAAUGAGACCUCAACCAGAGUACUUUGCAGUUGGAUACUAUGGUCAGGGUUUCCCCUCUUUCCUCCGGAACAAAAUUUUUAUCUACCGUGGCAAGGAGUAUGAACGAAGGGAAGACUUCAACCUGAAGCUACUGACCCAGUUCCCUAGUGCUGAGAAGAUGACCAGCACUGCCCCUCCAGGAGAGGAGAUCAAAUCUUCUCCUAAGCAGUAUGUGCAGUGCUUUAUAGUGAAGCCUGUGAUGAACCUGCCACCUAAUUAUAAAGACAAACCUGUUCCUGAACAGAUCUUAAACUACUACAGGGCAAACGAGGUACAGCAGUUCACACACUCCCGACCAUUCAGGAAAGGAGAAAAAGAUCCAGAGAAUGAAUUUGCUACUAUGUGGAUAGAAAGGACAACCUACACAACAGCAUACUCAUUUCCAGGCAUCCUCAAGUGGUUUGAAGUCAAGCAGAUUACAACGGAGGAGAUCAGCCCCUUGGAGAACGCCAUAGAAACGAUGGAGCUAACCAACGAGAAAAUCAGCAACAUUGUCCAGCAGCACGUCUGGGAUCGGAGUCUUCCAGUACAUCCUCUCUCUAUGCUCCUGAACGGGAUCGUGGACCCAGCAGUCAUGGGGGGAUAUACCAACUACGAAAAGGCCUUCUUCACAGAGAAGUAUCUUCAAGAGCAUCCUGAAGAUCAAGAUAAAAUUGAGCUGCUUAAGCAAUUGAUUGCUCUACAGAUGCCGUUGUUGGCAGAGGGGAUCAGAAUCCAUGGCGAGAAGCUGACAGAACAGCUGAAGCCUCUACACGACAGACUGACGGCCUGUUUCAAAGAGCUGAAGAAGAAGGUGGAGAAGCAGUAUGGUGUGAUAACUUUGCCUCCCUCCCUCACCGAAAGGAAACCAAGCAGGUCGGGCUCUGUCGUGUUGCCCUAUAUCAUGUCUUCCACGCUGAGACGCCUUUCUGUCACAUCCGUGGCAUCUUCUGUGGUGUCUACAUCCUCCACAUCAUCUGACAGCACUUCCUCCAGGCCAGGUUCAGACGGAUCUAUUCUGGAGCCUCUCUUGGAGAGAAGAAUAUCAACAGCCUCGAGAGCUGAGGAUCUGCCCAUCAAAGAAGAUGGCGAUAACAGGAUUUGCAAACUCAAGCGGAAGGAGUGGAGUAUUAGCAAGUCUCAGGUUAUUGUGGAGAAGGAGCCAGAAAUGGAACUGACUUUAAAAAUGAGCUUGUCUGGAAAAGCACAAAGGCCAAAGAGUCUUCAGUUAGGAGACAACAAACUGACUUUGCUUCAGAGUUCUUCACUCCAGCAGUCGUCGCCUCUCAGCCCACCACCCAUCACUCCCAAAACGCCAAGAACCCACAGUUUUCCCUCAUUGCAAGCUGAUGGUUUGUCAACUGCUAGCUUGCAGAGUACCCCGCCUCCACCUCCGCCUAAAAACAAACCCUACGAGAAUAGCAACCCAAGGAAUUCUGUGGAGGCUGCUCCACCACUACCCAACAGACGUGAAGCCAAACCUCCCCCUCCUCCUCCAAAAACCAGAAAAUCCAGCGUUGUCUCUUCAGAGCAAGGAUUGCAGUGAGGAUUGUUACUUGCUUGGCUCACAGCAAGUGCCUAGAGUGAAAUGGCUGCUUUCUUUUCACUGACAUGCUGGGCCUUUCUGACCCUAAAGACCUAGUGAUCUCACUUGCCAUUCCAGUCACGUCCCUUGGAGUUCUCCCUGGGAAAUACCAAAAGGAACUUAGUUGUAACUAUUCCUAACCUCUGGUUUACCUUUCCAAUCAUGAGACACUAAUCACAUGUGGGAAGAAGUCAGCCUACUGGAACUCCUGUUUGUCUUAGUCUUGUCUGUCCUGAACUCAGUCACUGAUGCAAUUUCAGCAGCUCAUUCCUAGUGUAAAUCUGUCACUGUAGUGAUUUGCACCAGUGCUUGAACCAAGGUAAGCCACACCAGUAUGAGAUGUGUUCUACAGUAUUUUCACAUGGGUUCGGUGCAGCUUUGUGGCUGUACUAGUGCACAGAUCCCUCCUUCUGCCCCUGUAGCAUUGCCAAGCCCUGCUUUGCAUGAAGCGAGACGAUCACAGCCAUGCCUAAGCUGUGAAAUGUCUGCUCCUGAGAUGUCAGGUGCUGGCGUAUGAUAUGUGGUCUCCUAAGAUUCUUGAUUGCAGGCAGAGACCUGAGCAUUGUUAGCAGAAAAAGAAACCUCUUUUCUGCUCGUCGUCAUAGGUACUUAAGAUGAAGUGCAGACAUUCUGCCUUACGCCACCUCUGCUCAAGUAGUGGCAGUCGCUCGCUCCCAGUGGAGAGUUUAGGUUCACCAGUACUUUGUCACAGUUUUGCUGUUGAUUCUGGUUUUGACACUACAGAGCAGUCAAUAUUCCUUCCUUUGUUGUGUUACUAUUUUGUUUUGCGUCUGGGACUUGGUACAAUAUCUCAUCUUUGUGUGCUUUUUUAAUAGGGUGUAAAAAGUUAUUUUUCUCCUGUGAAUGUCUUAGAGCGGAUAGAAGUUUCAUCAAAUCAGUACUGUAUUGAGAGCAGCAACCUGGAGAGGAUGGAGUGGGUAAAACUGGUCACAUGCACCUCAGAAACAAAGUUUGGUAGUUAAUGUAGCCUUUACUUUGGCUGGCCAAUUCCACGUAAAUAAUUCUCAUCUCCCCCCUGGUUUGUGGCAGUACUUGCACUUUGUUUUGUAGCCUCCCUUGAUCUAAGUUGCUAAAAGCCACUUGGGUUUUAAGGAGCCGUUCAGAUUUGGGAGGCAUGUGGAAGAUUUGACACUUACCCACCAAGUUUCCUGUUGCUUGGAUUAUUCCAGCUCUGCAGCUUUUCUUUCCUUGGAGGAUGGGAUAAUAAUAUUAUUUAUAAGUAUUUUGUUUAUCUGUUUAGUUUUUUUUUCUUUUAGUUAUUUAUUCCCUGCUGUCUCUGAAUGUUAACAUCAGUCUGUUUUAUUUAUUCUAGAGAAAAAAAAUGACAUGAUCUUUAGGUUUUAAUGUUUUUAAAUUCAUGCAAUCCAUGCAGAAAAAGGCUGUUGCACAGUUAGAAUACCCUAUCCUCACAGUUACGUAGUGACCAAACAUAGAACACAAAUACCAUUGUUAUUUAUGAACCAGAUGGGCCUUAGACUCAUUCAUCAUUCCUCUGUGCCUGAGCUGUCACCAGAAGAUGGCUGUUUAAAAAAAAAAAAAUCAAACAAAAAAAACAUACACAACAAGACAAAAAUACUCCAUAGUAUUAGUGUUGGCAGUUGUAUUUUGCACCUUGUAGGGCUGCUGGUCUCUGAGCUCAGGCAGCAUUAGAUCGGCAGCUCCCCUGGGGUGGGGAACUUGCUUGGCUGCACCAGGCUUACGGGGAGUUUGUACAACACUUAGGCAAGAAGAAAAUUCAGUUUUAAAUUGUCUUGCAAAAUGUAUUUCUACUCUCUUCUACUAUUAAAUAAUCUAGAUCACUCCAGAAAUAGUCACAGCACCUCUUUUUUGCUUUGUGGAAGCGGACUUUCCUAAACUCCGUGUUCCAGAAGCAAUGCACUGUGGAGAACUUCCCUGUUUACUUCUCAAGCUACAUGUCCUAACUUUCAUGUAUUUCCCCCCAAAGUUGCUGCUGCCAGCUGGUGCCACAUUUACCGGCAGCUGCAAAGUCUGUCAGCUUUGUUAUUUUCUUGGUUUGUAAGAAUUGUUCUCUUCUAUCACAGACGAGAUAUUUUGCCGUGCUGUUCUGCCUGUGUGACUGGCCUAUUUAUAAACGUAGCUUCCAUAGUGGCUGUUAUUUUCACUGAUGUUUUCUAGGGAAGGGAAAAAAUCGCUCAUUGUUAUUGUUCCCUUUCACUGUGAAUCUCAGGAAACACGGGAGUUUGCCUGCAAAGUUUAGAUCCAAACUGUUUCAUUAGCUAGAAGUUUUCUUAGAGUUCAUCAUAAAGAGGGACCAGCUGAAGUAUGUGCAUCCAAGUUCGUUUGAACUUAGAUAAAAUUUUGGAUAUUUGGUUGCCUCUUAUGGCCUAUUCCUUUAUCAUCAUGUUGAUGAAGAUUCUUCUGUGUGCUCUUUCUUCCAGGAAAUGAUUUUUCUCAGCUAGUACUGUCAUUUAGCUUCUGAUUACCUGGCAUAAUUUGUGGAGAGGUGUUAAAAAUCCUGCUGAGGAUGUUGCUCACAACAGUAAAUAGAGACUUGUUUGGUUUGAGGUUUUUUUUGCAGGCACUACAUCACUAUUCUCACAUGACUUCAUGAGUUUCAUCACAUUAGUGAAAACUUAUUUGGGAAAGGCUUUAAUUAGACUUUAAUCUUUUUCAGAGGAAAGCAAAAUCUUGCUCUUAGAAGUUCCUUUAGCUUCUGUGUUAACUCGAGUUAAAGAAACCUGCAGAAGUUGCGUUUAUUUUGCUGCCUAUCAACUUUUUUUUAUUUAUUUUUUCUGUCUGCUUUUAUUUUGCUGGCCCUCUAAGCAGAUUGCAUUCAUUAAAGGGUCAUAUCAGAUUCACAUCACAGAGCAGGAUGGAGACAUUUUGGAAGCAGCACUGCAGUCACAAUCAUGCUCACUAUAGCUCACAUGCGAUUGUCUUCUGGGUUGUCACCUUCUCUUGGGAAAUCUUUGAAACCUUUCUGGACAACUUGAAUGUGUCUCAAAGCCUCUCUGGUGCAUUGUAGGACUUGUCCAAGAACAUAAUGUGGAGCUGACAUAGACACUGCUUGACUUGAAAACCACAGGGCUUUCUUGUCUUUGGCUUUUUUUGUCCACUUCUUCCUCUUCAUGUAGCUACUGUCUCCUUCUGCUGCUGUUGCACACGUAAACUGAAGGAUCCUCUGGAACUCCACAUGAAGAACUUUUUUGUCUUCAGUGAGAACUUUGUUUAAGGCAGAGCAGCAGGAUGUGGUGGGAAUUGCAGAAACCUGAAGCUCUCCAUCAGCUCCUUGUCCAGUCUACAUCCAUGUAUACAUUAACACCACCUAUUGUUAAUUCAGUGCCUUGCCCCAUCCUGCGUCUGCCUGUUGCCUCAUUCCUCGGUGCUCUUCCAUUUCAGAGGAGGUUUGCUUUUAACUCCUUGGGUAAGUCAGCAGAAACAAGAGACUGCAGGAAUCUCAGCUAAUGAGUUGUCUGUCAUGGGAAAACAAAAUAGACAGGAGGUUUGGGUGUUUCAGUUCUGAGUGACUUCUGAGUCUUAUUUGCCUGCCUUCCUGAUCUGCUUUACUGACUUGCAGGUGCACCUUGUGCAUUCACCAGGUAUUUUCCUGGAGGAUGGAACUGGUCUGUGCAAAAAGACCUCGCUGGGGGAAGCGUGACCUUGAGCAGUUUUUCAGCUGAUCUGUAAUGACCCUUUACAUAAUGCUUUUUAGCUUUGAGGAGUCAGUUCUGACUGUGCUUCUUGCAGCCUGAGUCCGUUGCUAGUAAUCUCCCUGUCUUUUUUCUUCCCUUUGUUUCCUAUUCCUGUGAGUACAGACAGGAAUGAAUUGAGUACUUGGUGUGUAAAUGGUUAAUUAUCCUUUCCCUUCCUUUUCCCCUUGGAUCAUUCAUCUGGCAGUCAUUGGGAACAUGGUCCUGUCCCACGUGUGCUGGUCCUAGGUGCUGGUAGCCAAACUAACCCUAAAUGCCCAAGUCAGCUGCCUCACUUGGCAGGUUCCUUGACGUUUUUUUGGUCUGCUCUCUGCACAGUUGAGGCCUUUCUUCUUGCUGCCUCUGUUGCCUGGCUGGUUGGAGAUGGUUGUAGCUGAGACAUCACCCUUACUGCAAGGAAAGGAACAGCUGAUGCCUAAAGACAACAGGGCAAGGAGAUCUCCAUUCCCACAAUGUUUGGGGUAUUUUCAUUGGCAGAUUUUCUAUGCCAAGGGUUUAAAGUUGAACAAUUCUUUUUUUCUUUGUUAGCAUUAUUUUUGUUCUAAGAGCCUGUUUGAAGUGCUGUAAACUCUUCCCUCUUCUUCUUGCCUUUGGACAGCCUAACUGAUAGGUAGGAGUUCAGUUUUCUUAAGCAUUACUGACUGUGAGGUUUGAAGAGUUGCAUUCUUCGCUGAUACAAGUCAGCAUCGUUUCCUUAGAGGUACAAGAUGGAAUUUCUGUACUGUGCCUAAGUGACUUAGGGCUUCACGCCAGUUUUGGAAAAAAGUAUCAUCUUCAAGUGUCAGAUUUUUAAAGCAAUUGGGCUUUUAAGUGUGUGAAAAACCGUGGGGCCUGGUUGAUUUUAAUUAAGCAGAAUUUAGUGCCCACACUCUUAUGAGAAACCCCACUAGACCUCUGAUUUUUAAUUUUUUUUUAACUUAAGUUAUGAGAUCUAAUCUUCAGAGACAAUUUAAGGUCUCACUGCUUCAUUUUCAUCUUUCCAUGUUUCUUAGAUGAUCUUGUAAAUGUCAUCCAAUGUCUUUUAACCUGUAGUACUGAAAAUGGGAGUAGGGGAACAAUCCAUAAUGGUGGCUUCUCUGCAUGCCAGAAAUGAAAGCAAGCAGCAGCAUUUCUACCAAGUUCAUAGUUCUGAAUAAAACAAAUCUCAGAGUUAAAUAUCCAGUCUGCAGAGAAGACAAAAUCUUAAUCCCAUUUCAUAGCCAUGCUGUUCAAAGCUAGUGUUAAAUUUCAAGUCUUAGAGGAUUUUUUUUUCUCUUUGGAGAAAUAUGCUCAACACUUGUUUUCUGGAGCUUUUAAUUAAAAUUUGUCAUGCUGUGAUAAAUUCCUUUAAAAAUGUUACAGGCUCUAAUCCAUAUCAGGGGAAGAGAGAAACAGACAGCUUUCCAUUUCAGUGGAUUAGUGGAUUAGGAAAGGACACCGAUUCCAGUGAGGACAGCUCUGUGAUCUGCAGUGGCAGAAAUACUGUGAUGUGUAUGUAGCAGUUGUUGGGAACCUUCACACUGUGCAGCCCAGCAUACGUUCCACGAUGAACAGUGAGUUAGGCUUGUAGGAAUAAUGGCUCAGAUUUUCUCUCCUUAUUUAUUUUUAUAAUUGUAAAUGGAAAUAAUAAGUUUAAGUCUGUAGCUUAACUGUAAUCUUUUUUUUUUUUUUAAUGUAAAAACAUUCCUGACCAUUACUGCUACCCCUUUUUCAAUUCCUUAAUUAAAAAUCUAUCUUAUAUUUACUGUUGCAGACUGUUAUCUAGUGGACCAAGGUGAGCUUUUCCAAGAUUAUAUUAGAAAGAAAAAAUACACAAAUAAAUAUGAUUCAUUUAUUGUGUGGUAGGAGGUGGGCUUUUCAAAAGCACAUGAGGUUCACUUAAUUCUGCUCCUAUUAACGUUCUUCCUAAUCUUUUGAGUAUAUCACAGUGUUUAUUUAACUGAUUAUGAUGUAAAAAGACCCCAGUUGGAGCAGAGCUAAGUUCCUGGUGCGUGCUCUGCCCCCAGCAGACAAAUAAAACCAGGUCAUGUUAAUGUCUGUGCCUGCCCAGCACAGUCCCCGAGGGGUACAGUGUGAAAAUCAGGUGUGGAAAGCACCUUCAGGGCACUGUGUGUGUGUACACAAAGGAGUCACGGCUGUUGGGAAAUGGAGGAGCUUAACAAAAGUGAACAACAUCUGUUUGUGCAGCCUUGGCCUGAGCUGGUUUAAGGCUGUCACUGAACUCACAGGACACGCCUGACUGCACACGUUGGACCUGCAUUUCGGAAGAAGAGUGCAGUUUUUGUGUGUGUGCACAGAGGUGCAAGUCCUCAGCAGCUCUGAAAUUCAGCCCCAGCAUGCCUGGUGUUCACUGAUGUAGUCAAUCACUGUUGGUAUUACGAGGGUUUAAUGACAUGGUAAACUGCGGGACGUGUUUGUCUGGAAUUCAGGAGAAUGUGGAUGUUGUGUAAUGUGUUUUUGUGAGUGCUUUGAGAUGCUGGGUGUGAUGGUUCAGUUACAAAACCCACCUCUACAGACUGCAAAUACUUUUUUUUUAAUCCUCUGCAGUUGAAUCAGCAAAAUAUACAGCUUUUAAACUGGCUCUGGAGAAAGAGUAGGAGCCAAGCUUUGGAAAUGGAGUCUGCAUCUCUUUGGGUAAAUGGCGCGUGAUUCACCAAGUCUGUAAAGCAAGGUGUAUAAAUUCAUGUGUUUUUUUUUUAAAUGUAUUAACUAUUGUAAAGUUUGUAAAUACCUUUUUAAUAUAAAUGUAGUUUUUAUGAGUGAACCAGUAAAAAAAGAAAAAAAAAGCA